UUUGUUUUUUCAUCGCCGCCGCCGCCGCGUUGCCGUUGUGUCCAAGUGAUUUAUUUUUGUGGAAUUUAAAGUUUAUUAUUAGAUUGAUUGAUUGUGUCUUAAUAACGUUUUAUUGUUUGUAUUCUAAUUGUUACUCAUCAUGUCGGAUCGUGAGAGGAGCCGCUCAAGGACUCGCAACGGGUCCAGGGAGCCAGUUCCCAAAGUGCCUGUAAUGUCUCGUGGUCACAGCAGAAGCCGGUCUCGCACGCCGCCUCCGCCAAAAGCAUCUAGCCGUAAAUAUAGGAGCCCGACGCGAUCACGCUCCGGCACCCCGCGCAGAGGUUACCGCGCGCGUUACUCGCGCAGUCGGUCUCGCUCUUACUCGCCGCGGGGAUCCUACCGUCGCUCUCACUCGCACAGCCCCAUGUCCUCCCGAAAGCGCCACCAAGGUGAUCGGGUCAGAAUUCUGGAAAACCCAACACCAUCUCGGUGCCUUGGUGUAUUUGGUUUAAGCUUGUAUACAACUGAACAGCAAAUUCAUCAUAUCUUCUCAAAGUAUGGCCCUGUUGACAAAGUUCAAGUUGUUAUUGAUGCAAAGACUGGGCGCUCCCGAGGAUUUUGCUUCGUGUACUACGAAUCUCAAGACGACGCGAAGGUUGCUAAGAACGAGUGUACCGGUAUGGAGAUUGACGGCCGUCGGAUCCGCGUCGACUUCUCCAUUACGCAGCGCGCGCACACACCUACGCCUGGCAUAUACAUGGGAAAACCAACACACGUCAGAGGCGACAAUGGAUACGGUGACAGACGCAGAGACAGGGAGAGCGACUACUACUAUCGCGGCGGCGGCAACUACCGCGAGCGCGAGCGCGACUACUACGCCCGCGGGUUCCGCCACCGCUCCCCCUCGCCGCACUACCGCCGCCGCCGCUACGAGCGUGAGCGCUCCUACUCGCCGCGUCGAUAUUAAUAUCGUGACGCUGAGGUCAUCUUCAGAUAGCAUAGAUUUUGAUACACCAUCACUUCCAAAUGUCCGCCGGCCACUAAUGCAUUUAUACCGUACCUGUCCGGGCCGGCCUAGUGCGAAUAUUGUUUAGUUUCACUAUUGUAAGACGCGAGAUGCGCGCGUUGCCUGGCAACGGGCGCACUUAAGUCCAGUCACGAGUUUGUUAUUUACUAUAGAAGUGAUACAAAGGGUCUAGGUGUAAGUUAGUUUGUAAACGCCCCAGGGCGACGCCUCUAGAAUGUAAAGAUAGCUCUAAUAAAGGUCUAAUACUAAGUCUAAUAAUGAUUUUGUUUGUUUUGAAAAGGUAUUGAAACAAGAAGUAAAGGAUGAAGUUCCUUGAAAAAACUAACUGUGUUGAAGUUUUGAAAAAUGUUUGAUUGAAAAGCGCUUUCGAAAUGGCGGUUUCCGAAACCCGGACCGGGCCGGUGGGCGCCGAAAAGAAAAUGUCGGUGCCGAAGCGAAGUUUUCGCGAACGCUCUCGCUCUGAAAAGAAUAUGAUCGAGUCACGGUUUGUAGUUCAAGCUCAAGCACGCAAGACGGAGGCGCUCUGACGCACACAGAUCAUAUUCUUUCCGACUAUUAAACCAAUACACCUUACACAGUACACACAGUUCUGGUACAAAUUGUAUUUAUGGUGAUCCUUAUGCAUUUUAUCCAUUUCAUAGUAUGUAUCUAUUUGUCAGAUAUUGUAGCCUAGUGUCAUCGUAAUAUAUUUUAGUUUUAGACUUGUGUUGUGAGCAACUUGUUAAUAAAAUUAAUAGUUUU